AACAGCGACAUUUCUGGUGAGCGCUUCAAACUCACACAUUCCUUAUUAUACUCCAAACAAUUGUUUCAAAUCCUCGAGAGUAAAUUCUCUUUUUUCUCCAGUUUCUUUUAAAUCCUCCAAAAUGCUUGACUAUCUAUCAUUGGCCUUUGUUGUUGCGGUGAAAGUUUUUAAGAAAACUACACCAAAUGGAAAAGUUACGGUUUACCUGGGCAAGCGGGACUUCAUUGAUCAUAUAGAUUACUGCGAUCCCGUAGAUGGCGUCGUUGUGGUUGAUACCGAGUACCUGAAAGGACGAAAAGUUUACAGCCAGCUCGUGACAACAUACCGAUUCGGUAGGGAGGAAGAUGAGGUCAUGGGAGUCAAAUUCUCGAAGGAAAUGGUCAUCGGCAAUGAACAAGUUGUACCAAUGGUCAACGCGAAGAUGGAAUUGACACCUGUCCAGGAGAAAUUGCUGAAGAAACUUGGACCGAAUGCCUUCCCAUUUACUUUCACCUUCCCAGAGAUGUCGCCAAGCUCGGUGACUCUCCAACCAUCCGAUGAGGACCAAGGCAAACCCAUGGGCGUUGACUAUUGCGUACGAACUUAUGUGGCCGACAACGAAGAUGACAAGGGCCACAAGAGGAGCUCCGUUACUCUUGCUAUCAAGAAGCUGCAACAUGCUCCAGCCUCCCGUGGACGACGCCUUCCGAGCUCUCUUGUUAGCAAGGGCUUUACAUUCAGCAACGGGAAGAUUAGCCUCGAGGUGACUUUGGACAAAGAGAUCUACUAUCACGGCGAAAAACUUGCGGCCAACAUCAUUGUAUCGAACAACUCCAGGAAGUCUGUACGAAACAUUCGCUGCAUGGUUGUGCAGCAUGUUGAGAUUACCAUGAUCAAUUCUCAAUUCAGCCGCCAUGUUGCUUCCUUGGAAAGCCGUGAAGGAUGCCCUAUUACACCUGGGGCAAGCCUUUCCAAGACCUUCUAUCUAGUGCCUUUGGCUCGCAGCAACAAGGACAUCCGUGGUGUCGCUUUGGAUGGUCACCUUAAGGAAGAUGAUGUUAAUCUCGCCAGCUCUACCAUGGUAUCUGAGGGCAAAUGCCCAGCUGAGGCCAUUGGUAUCGUGGUAUCAUACUCCGUGCGCGUCAAGCUGAACUGUGGAACCCUUGGUGGCGAACUCGUUACUGAUGUGCCAUUCAAGCUUUUGCACCCAGCUGAGGGUAGCGUUGAGCGUCAACGAUUCAACGCGAUGAAGAAGAUGCAAUCCAUUGAGCGACACCGCUACGAGAAUUCUCUUUACACCAAUGAGGAGGAUGACAACAUCGUUUUCGAGGACUUUGCUCGCCUGAGGAUGAACGAACCAGAAUAAACCAUUUGGCCAUCGCGUAUAACAAAAAAAAAAUUGAAAAAAAUACAAAAGUACAAAAAAAGUAAUCAAGCAAGAUUAAACCUAAGACCACGAACCUAUGCUUACCCAUUUGAUUUGUUGGAGUUAUAUCAUUAUCAUUCAUUAAUUAUUAUUGUUGAUUUGGGAUUGGAAUACUUAUUUGUGAUAAAUUUAUUUCAAAAAUAUAAAUAAUCUUUAACAGCACCAGUUUUACAAAUA